UUUCCUCACAUGAGAGAAGCACCACCAACUUCUAUAUCUCACGUCCUUUGUUCCAUUUCUAGUGGUGUUGCAUCACCCUUCUUCACUUCCAAAACCGUCUUCGCUUCUCCCCAUUCUCCAACACCCCACUGAAAAUGAGGAACAGAAAAAACCAUCCCAGGUGGUUGCUAUAGCUAGGAGUCAGCAAACACAACAAUCACAAUUAUCCUUCCAAAUACCAAAAUCCACCUUUUUCGUUUUCCCUUGUAAAAGCUACACUGCUUUCCCCUCUUAGGUGCUUCCCUAAAAACGUUUUCACAACCAUUUCUCCCACUAUCUUUCGCAACAAAAGAAGAAACCAUGCAUAACCUCUCCCUUAACAUUAAAGGCAAGCCUAGCUAGUAUCAUAUCAUACACUCCUCAGUCCUCAACAUUUCCCAUUUCCUCCAUUUCUCACUUUGUGCCUAGUUUCCACUUAAACUAAGCAAACACAGAUAACCUUAACCUUAUAUAUAUGGAAGGUUUUCACCCUUCUUUGACCUCUCCUUUUUCAUACACAUUCCCUAUCAGUGGUGCUGGCAGUAGCAACAUUACCACAGUCACAGGCACUUAUAGCUGCACUUCUACUCCAUGGAUGAACAGCAGAAUAUGGAGCAAGCUCCCUCAAAGGCUUCUUGAUCGUGUCAUAGCCUUCCUUCCCCCACCAGCUUUCUUUCGUGCUCGUUGUGUUUGCAAGAGAUGGUAUGCUCUUCUUUUCUCCAACACCUUCCUUGAAUUGUACCUCCAAGUCUCCCCUCGCCGCCACUGGUUCAUGUUCUUCAAGCACCACAAGACCCGCAAGAGCUACAUCUACAAGAACAACAACAAUGGAAGUGGUUGUGGACACGGUGCAGCCUCAUCAUGCGAAGAAGGAUACCUCUUUGAUCCCAAUGACUUGACAUGGUACCGCAUUUCCUUUGCUUUGGUCCCUUCUGGCUUCUCCCCAGCAUCUUCUUCAGCUGGCUUACUCUGCUGGGUUUCUGAUGAGGCUGGACCAAAAACCAUGCUUCUAUGCAACCCUUUACUUGGUUCUCUAACUCAGUUACCCCCCACGUUGAGACCUAGGCUCUUCCCUUCCAUCGGCUUAACCAUCAGCCCCACCUGCAUAGAUGUCACUGUUGCCGGUGAUGACAUGAUAUCUCCCUAUGCAGUGAAGAAUUUGACUUCUGAAAGCUUUCACAUCGAUGGAGGAGGGUUUUACUCCUUGUGGGGCACCACUUCCUCUCUGCCAAGGCUUUGCAGCCUUGAAUCUGGUCGAAUGGUGUACGCUGAAGGGAAAUUGUACUGCAUGAAUUGUAGCCCUUUCAGCGUGUUGGCCUAUGACAUCACAUCAAACACUUGGUUCAAAAUACAAGCCCCGAUGAGGAGGUUCCUUAGGUCACCGAACCUUGUGGAGUGCAAGGGGAAGCUGCUCCUUGUUGCGGCGGUUGAGAAGAGCAAGCUGAACGUGCCCAAGAGUUUGAGGGUGUGGAGUUUGCAGGCGUGUGGGACCAUGUGGGUGGAGUCGGAGAGAAUGCCGCAGCAGCUUUAUAUUCAGUUUGCUGAAUUGGAAGAUGGGAACGGAUUUGAAUGUGUAGGGCAUGGGGAGUUUAUUGUGAUCGUGAUUCGUGGAACGGACAAGGCUUUGUUGUUUGAUAUAUGCAGGAAGAGGUGGCACUGGAUUCCACCCUGUCCUUACACUGCACAUGAUGGCUAUGAGUUGCAUGGCUUUGCAUAUGAACCUAGACUCGCCACCCCAGUCACUGGCCUUCUUGAUCAGUUGGCACUCCCCUUCCAGAGUUUCAAUGCUUAAAUGGGAAACAUGGUUUAUAAGUUUAUUAUGUCUACGUAUCUAAUGAUUUAAUCAUGUUAUAUGGUAAAUGCAUGUCUCACUACCACCCUAGCUAGGAGUGACUCCCUUUGUAUGUAAUCACUUGGCUGUUUUACAAUAGUUUUGAUUUGAGGUGUGGUUUGAAAUCUAAGCAACUAGGUUGUGAAAUUAAUGCAAUUAUA